AUGGAUAAGAUUGGCUUUGGAGGGGAAACACGAAAGAAAAUGCCUGAAGUGCCACAGAACGGUGAAGUCCCUUAUCCAAAUAUGGAACCCAUUCCUGUUCCAACUGAGGCAGUAUCUUUCUAUCCUCUUCACAACAAAGUUGCAGUUUCGUCGGAACCAAAUAGGGCCUAUCCGGAAAUGGAUGACAAUCGGAUCGAUCCUGCCAAACGGCUGCCCACAUUCUAA